GAUUCGGAAGAGUGCAGAAGAAAUUGUGACACGCUCUCCAUAGUUGAGAGAACGGCCUCAAUAGGAAGAAUGGCUCCUUUUCUAUUCGCAGUAGUGUCGGGUAACAAGAUGCAAAUAGGAACGGAACCGUGGCCGAAGCACGGAGAGCCGAAAAUUCACAAGUCUUGUACCGCUUUCUAGUUUCCUUCCCGGUCCGCUGCGAGCGCUAGUGUCGCUCUACAAACGUCGCAUGGUCUGCGCGCUUCUUGAACUCAGUGCGUUCCCAACUGCCAUACGAGCAGGAGUGUAUGUCGCUCUAUUCAAGUGCGUGAUAUGACGUCGUGUCAAAACUGUGUGUAUAUUAUUUAGUGUCGACAUGAUUUUUCGUGACAUGGAUGCCACCAACAUGAAGCAUGUGACAGCCAGUCAUUCAGCCACCUGUAGCUUCUUCCUAAUUGUCUUCUCCUUUGUUCUUGCAACGCUUUUGACAGGUGGCGAAACAGUAGAGAUCAAGAGUCUGAGAGUACCAGAAGUGGUGCAGAACGGAUCGGAGGCAUCAGUCGUUCUGGACUGCGACUACAAUGUUGAGAACAAGGCUGGUCUCGUGGUGAAAUGGUUCUUCAACAACCAAACGUCGCCCGUCUACCAGUGGAUCCUGAACAAGAAGCCGCAGGACCUCGGUGUGCUGAAGGGCAAACUCAACCUGGACUACCGGGCCUCGGACGAUGAGACCAAGAAGCAUCGCGCCAUGCAGAUUCUCAGGCCGACCACUGAGUUGUCUGGCGAGUACAGGUGCAUCGUGUCCACCUUCGAUGGCGAAGACUCCGAGGCCAAGAAGAUGAUCAUUUAUGUUCCUGAAAGGACGAUCGAGCUGAAACAGAUGAAACCCAACGAAGAUAGGGUUAAAGUAGAGUGUUCGGCUGAAGGUGUCUACCCAGAACCACGAAUGACGAUAAACACCAACAGUGCAGGCUCUGAUAGGAAAGAGCCUCCACUACCAGUUGAAAUAAUCAAGGAGAGAGCAGACGGUCUCUUCGACAUAUCAGUCUCGAUCCUGAUAGAAGAUCGGGAACUGCAAUCACCAACCACAUUCUCUUGCGAGCUGAGUAUACCUGAAGCCAACUACACUGUUCGCAGGCAGUCAGUUUAUUAUCCUGGGGCACCUACCACCACUCAGGAGCCGAACAGACUGGAUCCCACAUCGAAUGAAAGCUUUCAGUAUUAUGACAGCAGUAAUUCCAGCUCCUGUUACCAUCUUCCCCAUUGGAUUAUGUCAGCUGUUCUAAUUUUGACUAUUGGAAGGCUAUGAGACUGAAAGAUUUUCGAGGAGUAUUCAGAGGAGGGCAAACGGCGCGCCAAGAUGCUCUUCAAUACACAGAAAAUCCAGCCGAUAGACCAAAGAUUUCAUUGAACUGUGGCGCAAUGAGACAAUAUUACAUCUAUAGAAAUAUCAUUACUGAUAACCCGAGUCAAGAUUUUAUAAUAGGAACUGAACUUGUAUAUUGAUGAAUUUGUGAAAAGUUAGUUUAACGCUUGUGUGUAUAGCAGUUUGUUAUUCAUAAAUUGAAAAUUGUGAGUGCUUGAUUAACAAAGUGUAAAUCCGCAAUAACAAUUAACAUGAAUUAGUAGGUAUACUGUAAGUGUUCAAAAGGAAGAUGAAUAUUUAACACAACUUGUUUUAAUGUAUUCAAGUCACUGUCAUUGUACUUGACUUCAAUACUUCCACCAAGGAUGGAAAUUCCAAUUCGUUAAUUAUUUGUACUUGAUUGGUAAUUAAUGAAUUAAUUUCAAAUUCUUAUGCAUGGCGAGAGUGAAGAUAAGCUUUCUUUCAAGGUCAAGGUUCAUUCACUAUCCAAUCCAACAUCUCAUGCCCAAAUGUCAAUUUAGUGAAACCACUUGGAUAUUUGGCUCCAGGUGAAUGAAAUAUUGAAUUUCGAUUUAUUAAUUAACAUAAUAAUAAAGAAUUCUAAAAGGGCUGAUUAAAUUGCUUAAUGAAUAAGGGAAUUAUUCAUAAGAGAUGGUGGAUUUCUUAUAUAAAACAAACUCCAGAAGCUUUGAAGCUGGAACUUUCAAGUAUCUUUUUAUUCAAAAUGGAUCAUUAUUUCCCAGUAGAAUGAAUAAUGAAAAUAAUAAAUUUUGAAAAAAUGACACUUGAAAAUAGCUCCUUAGCUGAGACUUGUAGUGUUUGUGUUUAUAUAAGAAAGAUUGAAAAGAUUGCAAAUUAUUCCCAUAUAAAUCAAAUAAUAUUAUAUUGUACCGGUAUUAUAUCUUUUACUAUGACAUUGUAGUAAUUGAUAAGUAUCAUGUCAUGGAUGACUAGAUAUCGCAAAUUCCCGUAACUAAGUAAUAUCAAUAUUCAUUUUGCAAAUAAUCGAUUGAGCAAAAUACUGGGAUAUGUAGAAUUUUUCACAAAUUCUCAUUUAAGUAUCUUCGAGCAAUAAUAAAUGCAAGAACUAUGGCCUGUUAUCAAUCUACAUUUUUGACGUUACGUACAUGUGGAGAAGUUUAUAUUAUAUGUUAUGGAAUGGAUAAUAUUGUUAAUAGGAAUUUGUAUAUAAACUAAUAAAAUUACAGAUUUUAGUAUUGUUGACAAAGAAGCCUCUAAUGUUGAUGAUAUUCCUGUCAUGUCUAUGAUUGUUGAUAAUAUUAUUGUGUAUAAUAAAUUUAAAUUGAUUUUUAGGAAUCAACAUGUAAAGAGAAGAUCAGUGUCUUCUAAAAAUUUCCAAUUUGAACAGGGUAUGAUUCACCACUGUACCAAAGAGCUUUUACAAUCUUAUCUAUAGAUGUCAUGAUGGAUUGUAAGGGGCAUUCAUAAUAAUUAUAUAAGAUUAUAACAUCACAUUUAUUUUCAUUAUAAUUAUGAAAAUAGUCUCCCUUCCUUCUAAAAAAUUCAGGAGAAAAAUUCUUCAAAGAUUAAUGGGAGAGUUCAAAUAUUUCAUCAAUAUCGUGAAAACGAAAUAUUCUUUUCUCAUUAUAUUUCAAAACACAAACUGGUUUUUUUCUAUACUAAAUAGUUUGUAUAUAGAACUAACUCAUUAAAAUAUAUUGUAUUAUUUUGUGUUUACCAAAGUUUAUUCAUUAAGUUUGUGAUAGUUUCUACUUAUAGUUUGAAUUUCCUAGUUUUAUUCUAGUCUCAUGUACCAUUUCUGCAAAUAUAAUUCAAUCAACACCCACAAGAGGUGUAUUUCUAAUUAAUUAUGUUUGAAAAUUCAUGACUAUUGAUCCAUCAAUAUGGAUUGGAAGAAUACAGAAUGAAACAAUCGGUUAAUCUGUUGGAUAAUUUCAUGAACAGAGAUAUGAACAGACUAUUUUCAUGCAGAUCAUACAUUGCUACUUUCUAAAGAGCUUAUAAUUACUUGACUACUUGAAGGAAAAAUACUAAUAUUUCAAUUUUUUGUUCUAAUAAUUCUGUACUGUAUACGAUUUGAAUUAUUUAUCAUAUUGUGUUAGCUCUUUUGUUGUUAUUUUAUCUUGAGUGAAAUGAAAGGAUAAAUUCGAUAAAAUAUAAUUUAACUGUUAUCUGAAAAACUGGAUUUUUAAAAAAAUUAGUUUAUGAAUAAAUUUUCAUCAUUCUUACACACCUGUCCGCCUUCUUGUGUUAUUUAUCCCAUUUGUCGAUUAAGCAGACCAAGAAAUUUCAAUUUAUUAUUACUCCAUUAGUAGUUAAUCACAAUUUUUUCUCAAAUUGACAUUAUUUUUAGUUCUUCAAUGUAAGAUCUGGAUGGAUGUGAAUUUUACUGCAGAAAAAUGCUGAUUUCCAACUGCCAGUAUAUUAGGAAUUGAUUUGCCAAGAUUAUUGAGCAACUCUGAUUUGUGAACACCAAACAUAACUUACUGACUUGUUUUAUUGUGGGAGAAGGUUGAUUUUUCUCGUAUCUUAUAAAUAUGAAAAAAACAAUAAAAAAUCAAUAGUUGCUUGUUUUAGGAAAACAUAAAUCAGAAUAAGUGGAGAAUGACUGUUAAAUAUUUGUUGCAUUUGAUUAAUGAAGAUAACAGAUUGUAUAUUAUUCAGAAAUGAAAAUUAAUUUAUUAUUAACGGUUGUUAAAAGUGUAAUCAUGUUUGAUCGAAUAAACAAAUUUUAGAGAAA